AUGACAAUUUUCUACUUGUUUUUUUUUUCUUCUCUUAUUCUUUCUUUUUCUCUUUUAUUUUCUUUUUUUCUUUUCUGUGUUCUUUCUCAAUCACUUGUCUUCUUUCUUUCUCCCUUGUCUCCAUUCUCUUUUCAUUUUUUUCUUUAUUUUAUCGUUGAAAUGCCUUUUCGUCCCUCCUCUCAUUAUUGCGUUUUUCUGUCUUUCGAGUCAUCUUUGUUUCCUUGUUCAAUUGCAUUCAUUCAGUUUGUUUUGAAUUUUUUUUUUUUCAUUCUUUUACACUUCUUUUUCUUUUUUAUUUUUCACACCUUCUCGACCUUUCUUUUUUUUCUCACGCUUUUUUUUCAGUCAUUAUGUAUUUAUUUCCUUAUUACGACAACAUAUUUUUAUGUUGAUUUUCUUUUUUUUUCCUUCCUACCACCCACUAAAACGUGUUUUCUUUCUUUUUCCUCAUCUCACACUGCUGUCAUAUUUCUCCUUAUUACAAUUUAUUAUUUUCUUCUUCUCUCUCCUCUUUCUCUUACUCACUUCGACACCUACCAUAGAAAUCCACACACAGUAAUAUCUUCUUGUUAA